AUGGGUCGCAUCUACAGGCUACUUAAAAGAGGGAACUAUGCUGACAGGAUUGGUACCGGCACUGCCAUCUACCUGGCUGCAGUGCUGGAGUACCUGAGCGCUGAGAUCUUGGAGCUGGCAGGGAAAGCUGCAUGGGAAAAGAAGAAAACCAGGAUCCUGCCCAGGCACAUCCAGCUGGCUGUGAGAAACGAUGAUGAGCUGAACAAGCUCUUAUCCUGUGUGACCAUUGCUCAAGGUGGGGUUAUGCCAACUAUCCUUUCCCAGCUCCUUCCCAAGAAAACUUCCAGAGAUGCUGUUCCUUCUCAGGAAAAAGGUGGUAGCCAGUGA